AUGGGCCUACCAAAAACCCUGUUCCUUCUCGGCUUGGUGUCGGCAUGGGCGCUGGCCAGCGCACUAGAGCGGCGGCAAUCCACCGUUAUCAACGUCAACCUGGACCAAAAGUUUCAAACUAUGGACGGCUUUGGUGCUUCGGAAGCAUUCCAACGCGCCGUGACAAUGCAAAGGUUACCCGAGACUGAGCAGCGGAAGUUCCUUGACUUGAUGUUCAGUAUGGAGAAGGGCGCGGGACUGAGCAUUCUUCGGAACGGCAUUGGGUCAUCCCCGGAUAUGAGUGACGAUCACAUGGUGUCAAUCCAGCCCAAAAAUCCUGGCGGGCCCAGCGCAGAGCCCCAGUACGUGUGGGACAGUUCGGAUAACGGACAGCUAUGGGUUUCGCGGGAGGCGGUCCACACCUACGGUCUCAAGACGAUCUACGCCAAUGCUUGGAGUGCUCCGGGGUAUAUGAAAACGAACGGAAACGAUGCCAACGGCGGAAGCCUCUGUGGUGUUUCCGGGGCGACUUGUGCCAGCGGAGAUUGGAAGCAGCCAUACGCAGACUACCUGGUGCAGUAUAUCAAGUACUACGAGGCCGAGAACAUCACUAUAACUCAUGUGGGAUUCCUGAACGAGCCUGACUUAACGACAUCGUAUGCGUCAAUGCGCUCAUCAGGAGCACAGGCGGCCGACUUUAUCCGGGUACUUCGGCCGACUCUAGACAACAGCAAUCUCACGCACGUUCAGAUUAACUGCUGUGAUACGAUGGGGUACUCAGUCAUGAACAGUUUCUUGGGCCAGAUGAGAGGCGUCGAGUCCAUGAUGGGAGUUGUGACGGGUCAUAGCUACACCUCGUCCCCAACCUCGCCGCUAUCGACGCAGUUGAAGACGUGGCAGACGGAAGCCGGAGACAACGAGGGUGCCUGGACGUCGGCGUGGUCUCAAGGAGGCGGCCCUGGCGAGGGCAUGACGUGGGCCAACAAUAUCCAUACGGCUAUUACGAGUGGGAACGUUUCGGCUUACUUGUAUUGGAUUGGCGCUCAGGACCGACCUAGCACGACCAACAGCAAACUGAUCCGCGUUGUCAACCGCGCGGUCGAUCCGUCCAAGAGACUCUGGGCAAUGGGCAACUGGAGCCGCUUCGUACGCCCUGGUGCCGUCCGUGUUGGCGCCACAGGCAGCGGCGUCCGGACUUCGGCCUUUGUCAACGUUGAUGGCGCCCUAGCCGUCCAGGUCAUCAAUGGCGGCAACGAGCAGUCUAUAUCUAUCAAGAUAUCGGGAGGUGGUAAUUAUUCAGCCUCAUCUAAUGCGACUGCUUGGGUCACAGACAACACGAGGGAUUUAGACCAAAUAACGGCCAGUGUCGGCUCCGAUGGCACCAUCUCCGGAAGCGUGCCUGCUCGGAGCAUGGUGACAUUUGUACUGCACCCCGCUCCAGAGGAGCCCGUAGUUUGA